GGUUCUCGUUCAGUUCAGUGCGGAGGUAACGUAACUAUUAACAACACUGGUGAAAUCACUAGUCCCCGAUUUCCAUUAAACUAUCCUAAGAAUGCAGACUGUGAGUGGAAGAUCUACGUGGAUGAAAGUUCACGAAUAAAGCUAACGUUCAUGGACUUUAAAGUAAGUGAUAAGUUAAUGAGGGAACAAAGUUUUUUAAGUGAUUAGCAACGACAUUUCUUUUCAAAAUUCUAUUUUUUAACUAAGUUCCAAAAAAUGCAUAAUUAUGCGGAAGGAAAGCCUGAAAAUUUUCAGGCUUGCGGGAGUACAACCCUUGACCUCUGCGAUACCGGUGCAGCGAUUUCAGCAAUUGAGCUGGCAACCCAACUGGGAGAUGGUCAUUAAAUUGGUUCGUAACAUACCGGGCAAAGAUGAAGACGAAAUAAUCAAUAUGUGAAUUUCAAAUAUUUAAACCGCACAAUGAAUACAUACAGUGUACAGAAGAUCCUCGUAGUUAAUGUCGCAACUUAUGUAUAGCGCGCUCCGCCCCAUCUUAAUUGCAAAUCAUGAACCUCCCAAUCCUAAGUUCGUGCGAAUAAAGAUGAUCUCUUUACCCAUCAAAUACGCUGUUCUACCCCCACGCGUUCCGACAAAAAAUUUGCAUUCAUGUGCCACAUCUAGAUCUAGAGAGUUAGGAUUUUUAACUGAAAAAAACUAACGCAUUAGCGGAGCUACAUCAGGAGUGCUGGUGUCCUCGCUCUUGAUCCUGGGUUUGUAGACCACGCACCGUUCACACCUUGUUCAAGGCUUCCGGUUCAGAAUGAUACCCUGUUGUAGACUCAGGAUCCCAAAAACCGCACCAGUUCAGCGGCGCAUCCCCAUUUAGGCCAGGUAAGGGGGUCCACCACCAGGGAUUAUAGACGGAUUUUAUCUACCUCCUUUUACCCGAUCUGCAAGUUAUAUACAGUGAAACCUCUUAUUAAGCGGACACCCUCUAUUAAGCGGACCCCCAAUUAAGCGGACGCCCUCUAUUAAGCGGACACUAAGCCAGGUACCGAAAUUAACGUCUUAUAUUUCCCUUUAUAACGAACCCUAUGCAGCGGAAACCUCUAUAAAGUGGACGCGGACACUAAAAUAAAUUGUAUUUGUCUAAUUUCUAUUGUUAAUAACCUCUAUUAAGCGGACACCGGACUGAAUUAACAAUAGUAGUAUUAAAUUACGUCCUUGAAAUACGUACUGAAGUCAGUUAAUGUUUUUGGAUUUAUAAUUACACUAACUUAAAGUUGGUACUGAAAGGUAAUGAACUUGAACUCUGGAUAGCUUCUUUAACAACAGGCAACUUUAUCACAGUACAUGUACAGAGUAACUGUUGAAUGUUGAUCGUUGACAAACAUUGCGCAAUUUUUACAACCUCUAUUAAGCGGACACUUGGAAAGGUCCCGAAGGUGUCCGCUUAAUAGAGGUUUCACUGUAUAUGGACGUUGUUUCUGCCUUGUUCAGGUCCAACACUUUUAAUUUUUUCGGCCGAAAACGAUCCCCAAAGUAGCUAUCAUAAAAACUAAGAACCAUUGCUUUUUUUCUCUUCUCCUUUUUCCUUCUAACUCGCUCCUACUUUUUCUCCUUUCCUUUUCCUUCGGUACUGUGAUUUUGGAACUUCUUGGGUUUAGGAAACCUGCCUUUUGACGCCUUUUCACUCAAAUGACUGCAAACUUCGUUAAGCUGGUUUUCAACAAAUCGGCUUAAGUAUGUAUGUAUGUAUGUAUGUAAAUCUUUAUUUAAACACGGGAAAUCAUCAGUUAAGCUCAAGUUAAAAACUAAAACUAAUUACAACUGCUUUACAUGAUUGCCGUGUGGGAAUCCGAUAUAUCAGCUACCUUCUUGAUAUUUCGCUUAAAAUGCUCAACGGAUGCAGCAUUUUUUAAGUUUUUGGGCAAGUUAUUCCAUAACAUGGCCCCGCUGUAAGAGAAGCUUCGUUUCAAAUAAUUGGUGCUUGGUUUGGACAGGGUCAGCCUUCCCUCAGAGUUUCUUAAGUUGUAAGCAGAGUGACGCUGAGAGAAAAGACUUUGUAGAUAUUCCGGAGCAAGGUCAUUCAUGGUUUUAUACAUCAUUAAGGCUUUUUGUUUCUUUCGUCGAAGAGAGAGUCUCUCCCAGCUGAGGGUGGAGAGGUGGUUUGAGCUCGCAUCAAAGGGUGAUUUAGUAAUAACUCUGGCUGCGCGAUUCUGUAAUUUUUGGAGCUUAUCACUCAAGUAACAACUCAAACAGUCCCAGACGGGGUUGCAGUAAUCAAAAUGAGGCAUAAUUUGAAUUGCAGUUUCUUUGGAUAUAAACGGCCGCACACGUUUUAGGGCGCCUAUAGCUGAAGAGACUUUCUUGCAAAUCUCUUCAACGUGUUUACCCCAAGAGAGUUGAGCAUCUAUGGUAAGACCCAAGGAUUUGGUAUGAUCGACUCUCUUGAUAAUUUGGUCAUCAAUUCUGAUUUCUACAUCGUCACAUUGGGCAGAUAGUUUUUGUCUUGAUCCAAUAAUCAUUAGCUCUGUUUUAGCAACAUUUAGACUGAGCUUGUUAGCUUUCAGCCAACAGCUAAGGUUAUUUAAUUCAGGGGUUAGAGCUAAGCUUAAGCUCUGUUAACGUCUUAGCAGAUAACGUAAGGUUGGUGUCAUCGGCAAACAUUCUUGGUACGGCGCCCCGCAGGGAAUUGGGAAGAUCAUUAACGUAAAUUAAAAAUAGAAAAGGACCCAAUGUGCUACCCUGCGGCACGCCGCAACUGAGGGUACGAGCAGAUGAUAGUUUGCCACUGACAUUACAUCUUUGGGUUCGGCCACUUAAGUACGAUGAGAACCAUUUUAUGGCUGCCUGAUCGACACCCAAGUAUGACAUCUUACGCAAGAUGAUCUCAUGAUCAGUGGUAUCGAAUGCCUUAGUAAGGUCAAUAAAGACAACGCCAUUUAGAAGGCCGUUGUCGAUGUUUAUUGACCAAGCAUUUGUUGCCUCAAGCAAAGCCGUGAGCGUACUAUGUAGAGAACGGAACCCUGAUUGGCAACCUAGUAGCAAUUUAUUAUCAUCUAGAUAAUGGAAAAGUUGAUUAUAAACAAUUCUUUCAAAAACUUUCGAAAUUAUAGGGAUUACAGAUAUUGGCCUGUAGUUGUUAGGGUCCGAUUUAAUGCCCUUUUUAUAAAGUGGAGUCACUUUGGCCAUUUUCCAAUCGUUUGGAUAUAUCCCAGUGAGAAUAGACUUUGAGAAUAUUGAGGUAAGAGAGGGUGCGACGAUAUUAGCAGCCAUUUUCAACAAUUUACUCGGAAUCAUAUCAAGACCGGUGGCUUUCUUUUCAUCAAUUUUCGACAAAACGUUAGAAACAAUAUCAACACUCGGAAUUUGUAGAGAAAACGAAUGGUCAGUGAGCUCUAAAUAAGACUCAGGAUUAGCAUCGACAACAGGAAUAUCUUGUGCUAAUACCUGCGCAACGUUUGUAAAGUGAUCGUUAAUAUUUUCCGCAAUGUCCAUAGGGUUACUUGCUAUUUUAUUAUCUACCUUGAUCUCCAAAAUAUUCGUUGACUUACGACUUAUUCGUUGUCUUUGAGUCCGGGGUGACACGUGUUGGUUCAGUGAUUAACUGACUAAGACCAUAUAUAUCGAAAAUGUUUAUCAGAUGAGAAGAAUUAACUGUAAUUGCUUCAGGCAACAAAUUGCAGUUGAUAUCACCGAGUAAAUAUAAUUCCUUUUUUUCCGCGUCAAUUUUAGCAAUAACAUUCUCAAAUUCGCUAAAUAAAUUGGGUGGAGAACUUGAGGGUCGAUACCAAGUACCGACCAGAAAUGGUGUACUUCGUGGCUUACUGAUUUCAACGAAAAGACACUCUAAAAGAUCAUUAUUUAAAUCACUGCGUAUUCGAUAGUUCAGAUUAGUGCGAACGUAUGUACAUACUCCACCUCCAUUCCUUCCGUUAAUUUUACGAUCUUUUCUCAUUAUUUCAAAGCCAGGUAUGUAAACUUCGUAAUCACGUACUGUAGAGUCUAAUUUUGAUUCGUUGAUAUGUAAAAUAUCAGCUUUUGAAGAGGACAUAAAAACUCUAAGUUCGUCAAUAUGAGAGAACAGACUAUUAAUGUUAAGGGACGCUAUGGCUAAACCUCGCUGAUUAACGUAUGUUUUGCCUCCUAGCUGGAAUCAUGUCUGUUUGAUUAUUUGGAGGUUUUUAAUGGUGACACAAAAGAUAGAAAGAAACGUGUGGCUAAGCUAUGCGGAAGUGAUUUACCUGAUCCUAUCGAAUCCAGUGGCAACACACUCAUCCUAAAGUUCUCUUCAGAUUACUCAAUUGGCUACAAAGGCUUUAAGCUGCAGCUUACAAAAACAGGUGUGGCACUAGCUAGCUCUGUUAGUACAUACGAAGAGUAACGAGCAUUAUUCUCUUUGUACAUGCUGUGUUAUUUACCGUGAUGUAAUUAGGCCUUUACAAUUUUGUAGCAAGUGUCUGCAAAACGCCGGAUAAGCAAUAGUACCUACAGUGAAUCUGUGCCUACUAGAGAUCAGACCAUACGUCAAGAGAUCACUUACGAAUGCGAAAAACAAUAAAUCAUUUUGUAAAAUCACUUUACCCCAAAAGUAGUCGUGGCCACAUGAAAGAGAGAUACGACAGGUUUCAAAUGCAAGCUUUGACGGGGAAUUAUUAUUGUUAUGUUUUUUUUUAUGGAUAAGAAGUCGCUUAAUUGGAGUUGGUUGUAGCACAUGGGGGUUCGACCUUGUGUAUAUUUCGAUACUGUCAAUCUUACGUCUUUCAGUUCCAUUGUGUGGCCCAGAGGGUGCUUUUGCGGAUUAUGCCUUCCUCAUAGACGCUUCAGGCAGUAUUCUCCCACCGGAAUUUGAUAUUUUAAAAACGUUCGUCAAACGAGUGAUAGACUUUCUUCAGAUUGGACCUAAUCAGACCCAUGUUGGCGUGAUCGAGUACAGCAGAGGUGCUAGUUUGCAGCUCAAUUUUUCACGGUCCUAUGACAAACGAGAAAUUAAGAGGUUUGUGCAACAAGUGCCCCAUACUGCAGGUAUCACACGGAUUGACUUGGCGUUGAAGGUUGCUUCGGAACAAUUGUUCACACCGCAAGAAGGAAUGAGAGAUGAUUCAAGAAAGGUAAAGUUAGCUGAAUCUAUCAAUGAAUUCAACGGCCAUGAUUUUCUAAGGUUACAGAACGAUUUUAUGUCGAUAACGUUUUAGAAUUUUGUGAUUUAUUCAAACGAAAGUGCAUUUAUAGUAGUAAAAAGAGAUACAAAGUUCUGAACUUAGGUAAUGGGUGAAAGAGGUACCAUUUGCCAAUAGAUGGUAUACUAAAGGGGUACCUUGAGUUUUCUGUCAAAAAUGGUAAGAGGUCAGACCUUGAGGUGGAUCCUAAGCAAUUGUUCAACAUCCUGGAACAUCCAACGACUGUUUUCAUUGUAAAAACAUCUUUUCGAAGAAGCAAAUACUGCCUAGAAUUUUCUAUUUUUUCGAGGAUUGCUAAAAUUUUUCUAGAUGACCGUUUCAUUCACGUACAAUUUGCGAAGCUUAUCUAAUAAUUUUUGUGAAGUUUAAUUUUUUACAUGUUAAUGGCCAGGUUGGGCUGUAUUAGUACAAAAAAGGAAAUCUAAAAUUUUCGGAUUCAAAACUGUGAUAGAGAGAGAGGAAUCUUUUAAUAUGCCUUAUUAUUCAUUCAAAAUAUUUUCCCGAUUCUGAUUGGCUAAAAGCACACGCAUAACUCACCUUAACCAGUUACUGAUGACCAAAUUUGGAAGAAUUUUGUGUUUAACGAGGAAAUGACUUCAAAAAUGCAGCGUUCUUGCAGGUUAAUGCACCGUUAACCGAGAAGACCUGGGGGCGAGGUUGAGUUGUUUUGAUUGUGAAAACAAGAAAUAGGGGACGUUUCCCUCGUUUCAAGAGUAAGAACUAAGCGCAAUUAUAGCUCAAAACAUAACAAGAACAGCAAGAACACAACUCGAAGGGCGACAUCUGCUAUUUGGAGAAUAUUUGCGGAGCUGAACAACCCUAAACGUGCACUAUUGAAGGUGAACUUAACAUCGAUGGAGGUAAGCAUGUUUUAGCUUUGUUUUUAAACUACGAAUUAUUUUGAAUGAAUAAUAAAACAAUUAUUGAAUUCGGCUUUCGUAUCAUAUGAAGAAUUAUGGAGAUCUCGGCACCCUCCUCGAUCUCCAUAAUUCUUCAUAAGAUACUCAGCCUCAUUCAUUAAUUGUUAAUUAACGCUACCUCUUAUAGAGACGACCAAAAAUUUGUUCAAAAUCACGGCUCGAGAGUGGAAAAAGUCCACUUUCAGUUGACGUCCGUGGCUCAAAAACAUCACUUCUUAAGCUCCCUGUUAUCUCUUGGUGCCCCCCCAGCUGCUGGACAUGUUGCAGGUAACGAGAAUAAAGAAAAUUAAGUCACUUAAAGCUCGCUGCAAAAAGCCUUUACCUCUCCUCAAUCAAACUAACUAAAGAGAGAGACGUUAAUAGUUCGCAGCUGAAAUUUCAAAAUUAAUAGGGACCUUUAGAUUCGAGGACGGCAUUUCCAGAUUUGGCUUAUUUUAUUCCCGCGCAUUCUCAAAAAAUAGACCCCCCGGAAAGCUUCAUUUUACCUUUUUGUUUUUUUCACCAUAAAAGUAAACACGGUCAUUUUAAGUAAAGGAGCCGGGUUAAGCCCUUUCCCGAUCGCAACACUGAUGGUAACGCCUUCUAACUGAUCUGAUGACUUGAUGUGCUGCGCAUGCACCACAUCGUAUUGAGAAAAGUUUCGUUCUCAUAGUCCGUACUCGAACAACAACAAAUCAACAAUAAUUUUAUUCCACAUAGUUCUGAUACAACACUAAUCACACACUCAGAUAAUAAGGUUAAAUAAGAAAAUUAAAUGGAAAAAUUUACAUUAAAAAAAAAGGUAAAUGAAUAAAUACGAUUAAAAAAAUUGUGCUUUCCAAGGCUAAGAUAGAUUGCUAAAGUAAUUGAGCAACUGGGAGACUUCCAUGUAGUCAUUUUCAAGCUCUAAGGUUUCAAGAAGUAUUUGUUUAAUUUUGUUUCGGAACUUGGAUUUACCAAGACAUUUAACAGAGUAAGGGAUAGAGUUCCAAAUCGAUACACCAAUCCUUACAAAAGAUUUUUUUAUUUACUCAGUUUUGGAAGCUUUCACGUUGAAGCAUUCAUUCGACGGUGAUCUGGUAUUAUUUGUGAAUCGUACUAGUUUUGGUGAAUUGGCUAAGAAUGUUAGUUGGGACGGACUGCUCAUGAAUGCAUGAUUCAUACAUUAAAUAACUUAUAUGUUUAAAAAACAGGACAAAGUCGGAAAGACAUUUUGCUUGGACAAAAAAAGCAUGUUCUUGCAGUACCAAUAGCAUCAUAGAAUAUAAGGUUCUCUUUUCGAUCCGUUGGCUGGCAACCAAUUUGAUGUGCCAUUUUUUCAGGUCAUGGUGCUUCUUACUGACGGAAACCAAACUGGAUUUGACCUUGUUCCUGAUCAGACACCCCUAGUGGAUGCAAUACAACCAAUCAAGGAUUUGGGUGUCAAGAUUAUUGCGAUUGGUAUUGGAAGUGUAGACAGGGAGCAGCUGGCAACUUUGGUCACCGACCCCAAUGAUAUUCUACAGCCUAAAAAUUUUCAAGAACUCUUGACUUUAGUGAAGACAACGGUUCAAAAGAGCUGCGAAGGUACGUAUUUAAAUAGUUAACUUCAUAUUGGCGCCUCGGCCGCAACGAUCUGCUUUUGACCUAAAAGAAAAGAGAAUGGAUUGGGAGCUUUCUGGCCCCACCCCUCCCCUCUGAUGAUGAUACGAACAUCUGGAAAUACAGCUCACGUAUAGCUCGCGUUAUUUAUGCAUUCGGUAACAGCAAAAAGUGUCAAAGAGUAUAAGACUGGAAGGCCCAUUACAAACGAAAAGGGGGUUAGCAUCUAUGAAUCCUGUUUCUUAUUCAUUUUUGGGUAACGAUUGCGUAUAAACCGAACAAGCUGCAUUUCCAUGGAGAUGAGUGAAGUCCAAACUCCGUCGAUACAAAGCGGCAGUAAUGUGAUUGUCUCGUUAUGUUUACUAGGUGGAAACAGCCCUGAGUCCAGUUUGUUGUCCCGUCUGUGA